AUGUUUCACUACCGGGAGUGGAGGAAGAGGCGGGAGAAGCCGGCGGCUGGAGACCGAUGUAUCCGCGGGACCGCCGAGACGGACGCGCGGGCGUCGAUCGGAGCAGGCGACUUCGAGAAGUACCGGGCUACCGGCACGUUUCCCCAUUAUAUUCCUUUUGAUGCGGAUCUGUCUGCUUGGUACGGAUAA